CCAAUGGGCGGCUUCAAUGUUGACGGGGUGCAGGGAAAGUGCCAGACCCUGGUGCAGACCAAAGAUUAUAGAGGUCUGGUGCAGACAGAGCAUAGAUACCAGAGUCUGUGUGGUGGCGCUGCCUCCGCUAUGAAUCCAAUCCGGACUCUACUGACACGAAUGUUUGGGCUUGUGAAACAUCAUGUGGGCACCGAUCAGUUGGGGAACAAGUAUUAUUACGUGCCCCAGCAGAAGACGUGGACGGGUUACCAACCCUAUUCAACGUGCUCUCUGCUUGGUUUUAGGACAGACUAUUCGCUCAAGAAGAAUAAUAGAAGCAGUCAUUCCAAAGGAAAUUGACUAUGAAGUAGGAAACAUUCCCUUUGAAUGGGAAGCUUGGAUACGAGGAACCAGAAAAGAGCCACCCACUACAGAGGAAAUUUUGCAGAAUGAAGAAUAUCGACAAAUGAUUAAAUUGCGGGUCUGUGAACUUCAGCAAGAUGAAGAGAUAAGGAAAGAGAAAGAAUAUGAAGAAGGCCUUGUGACACGACCAGUUCAAACUCAAAUUAAAGGGCAUGCCUCUGCAAAUUACUUUGAAAAGGAUAAACAAUCUUCAGGACCUAGUAGUACUGCAAAUACUUUCCAACCUGGAAGUUGGUUACCGCCAGAAAACUCCAGCAAGAAAAAAUAGAUUUUAUUGGCCUUAAAGAACAUUUUAUCAUCACUUUUUGAAUUGUAAAUAAAAAUCUGAAUGCA